AUGCGCCUCUCCCGCCUCUUCCCCUGCUGCUCAAAGCUUGCCAGCGGGGAGAAGAUAGGCCAGGGGAGCCUCAGGGCCUACGGCUGCCAGGGAGAGGAGAGGCGGCUAGACUCUCGUCCCACCCAUUCUACCUGGGCCCAGUACUCGGCUGCCUGCGGGACAGUACUGUCCUUCCAGCGCCCGGCUCUGGAGCGCGACCCUGAAGCUAUGGACGCGCCCCCGCCCGGUCCUCCGCCCGCAGAGGUGCUGGUCCUGGCCGGAUACCGCGCGCAGAAGGAGGACGAACUGAAUCUGGCCCCCGGGGACGUGGUCCGGCAGGUGUGCGAGGGGUCCUCACGGGGCUGGCUGCGCGGAGAGCUACGGGGUCGUUGUGGCCUCUUCCCCGAGAGGUCGGUGCAGGAGAUCCCCGAGGCUCUGCGCGGCGCCGGGGAGGCGCCGAGCCCGCGCUGUGCGCGCCGCCGAGGUCGCCCCGCCAAAUCUCGGGGCCCCCAAAGAUGGUGCAAGGUGAACUUCAACUACAGCCCGGAGCAGGCGGACGAGCUGAAGUUGCAAGCUGGGGAGAUUGUGGAAGUGAUAAAGGAGAUUGAGGACGGCUGGUGGCUGGGGAAGAAGAACGGGCAGCUGGGAGCCUUUCCAUCCAACUUUGUGGAGUUGCUGGACAGUGGGCCCCCAAGCCUCGGGAACCCAGACAUGCCUUCAGUCAGCCCCAGUCCCCAGCGGCCUCCUAAGCUGAGCAGCCUGACCUAUGACAGCCCUCCAGACUACCUGCAGACAGUCUCCCGCCCUGAGAUCUAUAGGGUGCUGUUCGACUACCAGCCUGAGGCCCCAGAUGAGUUGGCGCUGCGGAGAGGAGACGAGGUGAAAGUACUGAGGAAGACCACAGAGGAUAAGGGCUGGUGGGAAGGAGAGUCUCAAGGCAGAAGAGGAGUCUUUCCAGACAACUUUGUCCUCCCCCCGCCCCCAAUCAAGAAGCUGAUCCCACGGAAAGUGGCAUCUCGGGAGUCAGCUCCUCUUAAGGAACCAAAAAAGAUGAUGCCCAAAGCAGCCCUGCCUACAGUCAAGAAGCUGGUGACAGCCCCCACUGGGCCCAGCAAACCCAAGCCAUCUUGGAUACCCAGUGGAGACAGUCAGAAGCGCCCCUCCCGAGACUCCGGCUCCAGUGGCAGCUCCCUCAGCAGGGGUCCAGGCCACCCUGGUAGAAAGGGAUCGAAAACCCAGACUUCCCGGCAGCGCUCUGCCACCAGUCAGGAGGAAGAGCAGAGCAGCCUGGCAAAGGCCCCUCCUGUGAAUAAAACCACUACUCUGGACAAGACUCCCAGCCCAGAGAAGACUCUGUCUCCAGAUAAGGCCCCCACUCCAGAGGAAACCCUGACUCCAGAUAAGGUCCCUAUCUCAGAGGAGGCCCGGAUUCUGGAGUUCAAGGGCCCAGCGCCAGAGAACCCCACCCCAGAGGAGAGCCUGACUCUGGACAAGGCUCCCAGCCCACACAGCGUGACUUCUGGGGAUGAGGCCCCUGCCCCAGAUGUCCCACCUGAGGAUGAAGCCCCUGGCCCAAAGAUGGCCCUGCCUGGGGAUGAGACCCCCACCCUAGAAAAGGUCUUGACCCCUGAGCAGGUGCUCUCUGCAGAGGCCUCCACCAGAGACAACACUCAGCUCCAUCACUUCUCUCUGGAGCAAGCCCUGCUGAAGUUCAAGUCUCUCAUGGCCAAUGAGGCUCAAUCCCAAGAGGUCCAUAUGCCAGAGGACCCUGACCUCUCAUACCCUGUGGAUCAGAGGGACAGCUCCCCGUUCCAGUCUGAGUCCAAGCCAGGGUCCGUGCCUGCCCAGGAGGUACCUGGGCAGCAUGAGGCUACUCAGAAGGAGGAGGCACCCCGCAAAGAGCAAGAGUCCCCCAAAGAGGUAGCCCCUGUUCAAAAGAAUCCUCAUCCUAUCAAGUCGACUCCAGACCCCCAAGAGACUCCCAGCCUACUUUCUCCGGUCCCACAAAAUCUCACGGACAGCAAAAGUGACAGAGGCGAUAUAAUGAGGCUACAGGACGAGGUGGGGUCUUUAAAAAGGUCGCUGGAGCGGAUGUGGGUGCAGCUGGAGAGGAAGCUGACGGACAUCUGGGAGGAGCUGAAGAGCGAGAAGGAGAAGCGCCUGUUGCUGGAGGUGCAGAUGAAGCAGGAAACCCAGGAGUCCCGGACCCGGGACUCCAUCCACGUGCAGACGCAGACGCACUGAGGGGGGGCCCGGGAGGGGGACUACGGCGGGACCUGGGGGGAAGUCAGGCCCCGGCCACCCACGUCCUCCCACACGACUUUGAGAAACACAAGAAAGUAAACUGCGGUGUAAGCGCUCCCCGUGCCUGCCUGGUCCGUGCGGGGGCGGGGCCUGCGUGGCGAGGGCGGGACCGGCCCCGCGCUCCC